AUGUUGUUUGUUUUUAAUGUCCCCUCCCAACUACAGCUCUCCAAGGAUCUCCCUUCCUUCACCACCACUGCUACCACCAGGACAACGAGGAAUGGAGGAGCAGGCAUGGAGAAGACUCUGUCCAACCAAGAGGACUUGGGAGGAGACCAGGGCAUGACGGACGAUAUCUUUGACGAGAGCUACUGUGAGAAGGAUGGCCCCAAGCCUGCCAGGAGAUACGUCUGGAGGAACAUUGUCCUCAUGAGUCUGCUGCAUUUAAGGGCCUUGUACAGGUUGUGGCUGAUACCUGCAGCAAAGCCUGUCACCUUGGCAUGGGUUGUGACACCACCUCUUCUUGUGACCAGGUUCCUGUGUUUCCUGCUGAGUGCUCUGAGGAUAACAAUGAAAGCACAUCGCAUCUGGAGCCAUCGGUCCUACAAAACCAGCUUACCCCUCAGGAUCUUUCUGGCCAUAGCCAACUCCAUGGCUUUUCAGAAUGACAUCUGUGAGUGGGCCCGAGAUCACCACGUCCACCACAAGUUCUCCGAGAUGGACGCGGACCCUCAUAAUGCCACGAGGGGCUUCUUCUUUUCCCACGUUGGCUGGCUGCUGGUGCGCAAACACUCUGACGUCAUUGAGAAGGGCCGGAAGCUGGACAUGGCUGACCUGAAGGCUGACAAAGUGGUGAUGUUCCAGAGGAGGUUUUACAAGCUUUCUGUGGUGGCCAUGUGCUUCCUGUUCCCCACCCUAGUACCCUGGUGCUUCUGGGGGGAAUCUCUCCGCAACAGCAUCUUCCUCCCCACCAUCCUGCGCUACGUGCUGAUGCUCAAUGCCACCUGGCUCGUGAACAGCGCUGCACAUAUGUUUGGCAACCAGCCCUAUGAUCUAAAUAUCAACCCCCGGGAGAACCGCUUGGUCCCAUUUGGAGCCUUAGGCGAAGGCUUCCACAAUUACCACCACACCUUCCCCUACGAUUAUUCCACCAGCGAGUUCGGCUGGCACUACAACUUCAUCACGGCCUUCAUCGAUCUCAUGUGCCUCCUGGGGCUGGCCAGCGACUGCAAGAAGGUCUCCAAGGAGACCAUCCUGGCUCAGAAAAUUUGCAGUGGUGAUGGGAGCCACAAGAGUGGCUGAGGGCCUGUGUCAUCCCCCCACAACCUUUUCACUCACCCCAAGCAAGCUGGGCACACAAUUUUAUGUUCUAUUUACUAACCA